CAUCUUGCUUAUACUCGCAUACUUAUCAAAGUUGUUAUUUUGUUUGACAGUGCAUUAUAUUGAUAUCAGUAUAAUAACUGGUAAAAGGUUUGGUGCAAUGGCGCUUACACUGACAGAUGUAAAUAAACUAAUGAAUCGUGAAACAAUGUCGGAUAGCACCACGAUGUCGAAAUUAAAUCAAUGUUGCUUAAGCAAAAUAAAGAAUGUGGCGAUGAAAAAGCUUGCUCAAACACAGUUAGUACUCACGGUAAAUAAGAACGAUCUAAAUAAUAAUACAUCUUGUACAGGGCUCUGCAAUAAAGAAAUACUAACAAUACCAGUGAAUAUACCAAAGGCAAUAGCCCCCGCUUUCCACAAAGAGGAUCUGAAAUUAUUUCUCGAGAAUCAAGCUUACAUCAAUAACUCUUUGAACAUACCUGUAUACGCCAAUACUUUGCCAGCUAUUGUGCCAAACCCAGUUACAUUAUAUGGCCAACAAAUCUAUCCUAUGGCUGGCGCAUUGAUCCAACCAGUUAUUGCGCCAAUAGUACCUCAAUUGUCCAUCCAGCAAAACCUUUCAAAUGUUCCUGAUGUCAUAAAUGAUUGUUAUGUCCCUGAACAGCAAAUGGUAGACGCUAAGGAUAUUUAUAAUGCCGAAACAUUUAACCAAGAGAAAUUAUAUGAAGAGUUGGAUCAAUCAAAUCUUGGUAAUGAAAUAGACACUAGUAAUAAUGAAGAAGUAGGUGAUCCCCUAGAAGUGUAUUUAAGUUUACCGAAGGCGAUAUUUCCUAGUGCAAAUAUGCUGGCUCUCGACCCAAAUCCAAUUAUAGAUGAAUUUUGCAAGAUGCCCAAUUUGCAGCGUCAUGCACCGUGGUUGUUGGAUUUGGAAUUUGGUAUACCAAAAACUGUUGUAACUCGUCCUUUACCUAUUUACAACGUCAAAUUAAAUAGUAUUAACUGUAAGAAUACUCCGGAUGCUAUACACCCAGGCUUUGAAAGCUGUAAUCCAGAUUUUAAAAGCGUUAUACUAUUUUAUUAUGAUUGUGUGGUGUCUGCGUGGUACAGAGGUUACAUGACGAUAACUUCGGAUAGAUCAGUGGAGAACUUUCAGAGCUGGUUACUACUACCAAUGCAGAUUCUUGGGAUGUGUUGGUCUUAAUGCAUGCUGCAUGUUGCUGGUAUCAUCAGCGUGGUCAUCGUCAUCAUCAGUUAGCUCAGAUUAUGUUUCUACUGGAUAUGAGCCUUCCUCUUUAAUUGUCAUAUUAUGUUUUGUAUUAACAUAAGUUUUGGGAAUAAGAUUUGAAUUAUCUCCUUAAAGCUAUAAUGAUUUUUGUUUGAAUAAAUUCUCAAUUUUGCAAG